CUCAUGAAAUAAAUCAUUAUAAAAGUAAAGAACUUUAUGAAUUAAUCCUUCCAUUAUUAUCACCUUUGUUAGAAUGUGUUGAUUUCAAAUUAAUUCAUCCUUCAAUAUUGGCAAAUAUUAUUGAACCAUUGGAUUUAGCUCCUUCUGAAGUUUUGGUAGAUGCAUUUAAAUAUCAAACACAAUUACCUCCUGGUGUAGGUCCUAAAAGAAAUAGAGGCAUUAUUACCGCGAAACCUGGAAAUAUGAGACUUCAAUGGGAUCAAAAUGCUCAUGGUCCAAAUAUUUUUGUUCUUGAGAAUAAUACAGUUCUUAAAAGUCGUUCAAGAAAAUCUGAAUUUGCAAGAACAACUCUACCAAUUCGAGGUCAUGAAAUAUAUGAAUGGGAUAUUAUAAUAGAGGAAGAUUGUAAAUAUAUUUGGAUUGGUGUGUGUACUGAAAGAAGAUUCGAAGUUAAUUAUUCAAAUUGGUUAGGUGGAGAAAUUUAUGGUUAUACACUUGGAUCAAACGGUUCACUUGCUCACAACAGAGAUAUGGGAAAUAGAACUUUAUCAUUUUCAAUUAAUGGUGUAAAAUAUGGUGAUGCAUUUACUGAUUUACCAAGUGAAGUUUACCCGGCUGUUUCAUUAAAAAAGCCAGGAAAAGUUAGAAUUGGUCUUCAUCAAAAUACUGUUUCGAUGGUUGAAUUGAAUAAUAAUGGUCCAGUACAAUAA